AUGGGUAUAUCAAUUAAUGCAACAGUGGAGGAAUGUAGAAAUCAUAGAAGAAGGCAUCACAGAGUGCCUAUGCUUAAUAGGAUUGAGCUGGAGAUAGAGAAGUUUAAAGGAACUUGGACUCAAGCUGAUGAUGUCUCAAUGUGGAAAAAUGGGAAAGGUAAAUUCAAGAGAAGUUUCUCUACAAAGGAAACUUGGAUUAACAUUAGAGAAAAUCAUAUCUUGUGUGACUGGUAUAAAGCUGUUUGGUUCAAGCAUGCGACACCUAAAUAUGCUUUUGUCACUUGGAUUGCUAUGCGUGGAAGAUUGGCAACAGGGGAGAGAAUGAAAUGCUGGAAUACUAAUGGCGAUGUGUCCUGCAUUUUCUGCAAUGAGCCCUUGGAGACUCUAACGCACCUGUUCUUUGAAUGCUCAUACUCUUCACAGGUAUGGGAAGCUCUCAUGAAGGGGGUUAUGGACGAUCCUUACACAGACCGCUGGGGAAGGAUUACUCGACUUAAAACUGACUCGAGUUGGGAUAAAGUUAAGCUAUUCCCUGUGAGAUAUGCCCUUCAGUUAACAGUUCAUACACUUUGGAGGGAGAGGAAUAAGAGGAGACAUGGGGAAUCUGCUGUUACCGCACCAGUUUUGAUCAAGAGGUUGGAUAAGGCUAUGAGGAAUCAGUUUACUGUUAUCCGUAGGAGGGGUGAUAGAGACUAUGAAGAUGCAAUCGGCCGUUUGUUGGCUUCCGUCGCCGUCAAGUUCGUCGUCUUCCUUGAGCUUCUCCGACGUAAUUUGCUCCCGCCGUCAUUGUCUACGGUGGCCUUCGUCUUCUUCACACUUCUACGGCAUUUAUCGGAUCCGCCUCCGCCGUCGUCGGUAUCCAUCUUCUCCGGCAACACUGCGUUUUCAAUUUCUCUCUCUCCUUGGUAA